AUGGGCCGCGACUCUGCUAGAAGUACUAGUAUCUUGGGUGUUAGUGGUCGAGAUACCUGCACCAAUCUUACAAGAGCACAGAGUGACGUCCCCUCAGAAGGACGUGUACAAUCUCCAGAGUCAUGGCGACCCAGAAGACGACCUGCAACCGCCCAGUCAUUGAAUCAAUCGCAACUUAUUAGGCCAAGUCGGUCAUCAAUCCAAGGUGAUAUGGAGUCGCGAGAAAGAAGAGAAAGUUCAAGUAUUGGUUUUAUUCCUCGUUCGAGACAAUUCAUCUGUCCUCCCAAGUUCCACGGUGUACCAAUAACAAUAUCCAUUUGGAACAAUAAAGGAAAAGGCUGGCAUCACUGUGAAGUCGACAACCUGAUGUUAUUUUUGUUCAAGGACAGAGUUUUUCUCGAAAUUGUACUACCUCCAAAGCAUGGAGAAAGUACCCGACCAGAGGAUAAAAAAUACCUUUUGUUGUCUUCCUUGGAUUGGCGUGUUCCUGCAGCCGGUUCUAGGGUUUACCUGGAAAGGGCUUUUUCUCGAGGCCCACCAACGUUAACACGCACAGAGAAUGACGAAAUGAAACCGUAUAGCACCCUGUACUUGGAGGUUCUGGAGGGAGGAUCCCUUCAGGGUCUCCUAGAAAGGGAUACUCCGCGUGGUGCCGAGGAACGCUCUGCGAAUGCCUUGGAAUUACUUCAGGCUAUCCAACAAAAAAUAGAAGAGUGCCUUGAUUCCCCUCCCUAUUCAACUUGGAUUAGGAUGGACUUGCUUUCUAGACGAAAAACGGGAUACAACACCGAGAACAUAGUAUUUAGCAAGGAUUCUUUUUUUACGCCAGUAAAAAAGUUUAGUCUACCGUGCAGUGGGAAACAUCCAUUUCUAUCAUCCGGGGUUAACCAAACCCGUAUCACUUCCCCAAGUGAAACCACGGUCGUUGCCUCCAACGAAAGCGAUGAGAGGGCUGGAUUCGAAGACAACAGUGACCCUGACUACGCAGAUGACACCGACGACAUGAAUGGCACCGAUGACACCAAUAGGCCCUCAACCCUUCAGAAUCUCGCCACAUAUAGUGGUGAAUUGAGCUUUGAUCUUGAGACGCUUAACCCGAUUCCGUCUGACGGCCAAAAAAUCGUCAUGCCAGAGCGAGAUUUGAUCGAUUUUAGUGAAGAUCAGAAGCCCAUGCCCCCUCCCCACUUGGGAGGGAAUCUCAGGGACCUUAUGACGCUACACUUUGAAACAAAUGUUCCUAGCAGCGAGAACACCACUCAAGAGAGAUUCAUUGAGUCCCGCCUAACGGAUGUCGAACAACAGCUAAGGCUCUUAGAGGAAAAAUGGAAGUUGCAAAUGCAGUUGAGUGAAAUCAAGAGCCGGAAAGACUCUACAGUCGUCGAAAUUCCACAUCUCCUCGAUUGA